GUCAUUUAGGUGAUUGACAGAAAUGGCAGAAGCAACUGAAAAAGAAACAUGUAAUGCACAUACUGAUAUUGUUAUAGAAGAUCAUGAAUUUAAAGUUCCCACGAAAGAACUGAGUCGAGCUGAACACAUUCCUGAUUGGGAAAAAUCAAUUGCUUACAGAGAUUUAACAGGUUUUAUCUUAGCUGUAAAUGAGUCAAUUAAAGGAAAAAAGAUUAGAGAUGAAUAUCUAAUGUCUGAGACAGUCCAAAAGUUAUCAGAUUUAAUAGAUAAGCUUAUAGUAUGGGUGGAUGAAAUCCCACCAACAGACCAACCACAGAGAUUUGGUAACAAGGCUUUUAGAGAUUUUUAUAAGAAAUUAAAAGAUAAUGCAGAAGAUGAGAUUAAAGCCUGUUUAGAAGAGAAAUAUCACAAAGCUUUACCUGAAGUUGCUGUGUACUUAGUAGAAGGUGUUGGUAAUGAUACACGAAUUGACUAUGGAACAGGUCAUGAAUUAUCCUUUGUUGCAUUCCUCUGCUGUCUGUUUAAGAUAGGAGCUUUAUCAGAAAAAGAUGCUGUUGCGGUAGCAUUAAAUAUAUUUGAAAAAUAUCUAAAACUUGUAAGAAAACUUCAAGUGACAUACAGAAUGGAACCAGCUGGUAGUCAAGGAGUUUGGAGUUUAGAUGAUUUUCAAUUUAUAGCAUUUAUAUGGGGAAGUGCACAACUUAUAGGUCAUAAAAGAAUUUUACCAAAAUCUUUUGUCAAACCAGAGAUAGUAGAAGGAUUUUCAAAAGAUUAUAUGUUUUUAAGCUGUAUACAAUAUAUUAAUCAGGUAAAGACUGGUCCAUUUGCUGAGCAUUCCAAUCAACUGUGGAAUAUAAGUGCAGUUCCUCACUGGGAAAAAGUAAAUUCAGGUCUUAUCAAAAUGUAUAAAGCUGAGGUUUUAGCCAAGUGGCCUGUCAUCCAGCACUUUCUAUUUGGUAGCCUUUUACCAUACAGUCCAGCAGAAGGAUGAAAUCUGGCAAACAUUUAAGUAGACAUCAUAAUAAAUACCUAGCUUUUCAUCAGAACUUCACAAAGCCAACAAUGUCUGAAAUAGUUCUUGGAACAUGUAGCACCAAUGUUCAAUCACUGUUCAGUGCUUUAUCUGUUUGUCAGAGUCAAUUUUAUACGUACUGCACAACACUAAAAUACUAUUGAUAUUGUAACUGCUUUGGUAUUGAUAUAUACAUGUAUGCAAAAAUAAAAAAAAAAAUGUUCUAUUUUGCAUUUUAUUGUAUUUAUUAGUAUUACUUUAUUGAUAUAUU